AGUAUUGCGAAGAGAAGGUUGAAUCAAAGUGGAAGUUGGGGAUUAGCCUCGGCUGGGUGCUAUUUGCACUCUCCAUCUUUGGCCGCAUGUACGGGAGAGGAAGAGGCGGCAAGGCUGGGAAUCGGCGCGGCAGGUGGUCGAACUGCGGCCGUUAUUGGAUGGAUGCCAAUUCUAGGAUGGGGCAGCAGCCGUCAGCAGCCAGCACCUUCCAACAUGGGGGCGGCUUGCAGAACGGACCGGCGCCUCCCGGAACGGCGCCCCAGCAGCAGUAUGUGAUGCCAAUCGGGCAAGGACCUGUUGGACAAGUACCACAUGGGAUGCCGGCCACCAUGGCCGCUAUGGCUGCUAUGCCAGCAGUGUCGGCAAUGCCGACUAUGCCGACCAUGCCGACUAUGACUAUUCCUAUGAUGCAACCAAUGCAGAUGCCGGCGGCGAACAAUUUUGUGCCAAUGCCUGGGGGCCAAUGGGGCAUGCAGGCAUGGCCUGACACUUCGGAGAACGUGAUUGACGUCGCGAAGAAGAAGCUAGCAAGCGGGCGACGCGGUGGGAUCCGGAUCUCUGAGAUCACAGAGGAAAACAGUCGAUCGGAGGUGCGAUCGAACGAGAAGGGGGAAGAGAUGAAAGUUUGGGUCACUGAGACCUUGGGUGACUCGUUGAAGCUCAUCAUGCAGAAGCUCGAGGAAGUUGAUUCCAAGGCUAAGCUUGCGGCCGCUGAACGCAUGGAACUCCUGAGGCUGAGGGAGGAGAAAGCCUCGCUCGACAAAGAAAAGAGAGAUGGAUCGAGCAGUGAGAAAAGAAAGCGGGGGGGCAAUCGCAUAGCUAUGGUUACUACACCAAAAGAGAUUGUUGUAAAAACCCGGACCUGUGGGAGUGCGAAGGGGCGGCCCAAGAGGAUCGAGAUAUCCUCUGAUGAUGACGGAGCAGCCGGAGGAGUGAAGCAGGAUCUGAGCGUUAAGAUGGAGAAUAGUAGCCAGUUGUCGGAAGUGAAGAAGCUGCUAGAAGUCUUGGUGCAUGGGCUGGCAGACCAGAAAGGGAAGCAACCCGCGCAGGCGGAAAACCCGGCAAUGCAAGCUACGGCACAGGCUACAGCGGCGGCAGCCGCCGCAACAGCCAAGGCAGUUGAGGCCGAGGAAGCUGCAAACAACAUGGAAGACGUCAACAUCGUGCAGAACGACCAUGUCGACGAAGACGAUGAGGAGGCUGACGAGGGAGGCUUGGCAGCAUAUAUGAAGAUGCGCCAGAUAUUCUAUAGCUCUCUACAUUAUACGAGAGUGAUAGAGUUAUGCAAGCAAAAGGAGAUUCUCUAUUUCCGCAAGGAAAUGGGUGCUUGGGAGCUAGCUCGAUUGGACCUGCAAGAGUACGCCGACCAAUUGAAAGGCAAUAUGUCAGGGAAAGGAGGCGACCCAUCGCGCCGUCGUAACGAACGGAACAGUGACAAUGACGACGAAGGCUCAGCGGCGGGCGAUGGACCGAUCGCGGGAAACUAACUCUCGGGAGCCUCCGCUCUCUUCAGAGAGCAGUCAAACGCAUUCUUGCAUUAAAGGUCACAAC